AUGUCUGUGUCCGUCGACGUUAAUUAUCAAAACCAGAUUGCGUCUGUUUUGGAUUCACUUACAAAGGUGGCCGUCGUGGAAAUAACGAAACUGUUCGAGAGUCGCUUCCUUGCUACGGGAACCACCGUUCUCAUUGAAGGGCGGACGGAGCAAAAUGAAAUCCUGCAAACGGUGGACUUUGUCAAAAAGUCAGGCAAGAAAUGUCUUCGCAGUAUCGGAGUUCAAGUGGAUGAGGAGCUACCUGGUAAAUGAAAGUGUUACUUCAUAACACUGUAACGUUGUUGCUGUGCAGAGCCCAGUGAAACAUUGUGUACAAUCUCAUCAAAAUGAUCUUGCUGCUGGAUACUUUAUUGCAACUAGCAAGUAGUACAAUCAUGUUCUCGGGGGAGCCAUAUGUAAACAUUUGGAUAAAUAAACACUGUUUAGUCUGCAUGAUGACUCAGUCUUAUCAUGCUCUCUGAAUGUGACUGUGGAAAUGCAGUUUAUUUUUAAUGAAAUGUUGGAAGGAGUUAGGCUACUGCAAAAUAUAGAUGACUGACAAAAUGUUAACAAACAACAUUUGAGGCAAAAAAAUUACAAAGUUAUGCACAAUUAGCGAUUUAUUUAAUCUCAGUGCUGAUUUGCACCAUGCUGGUCAUGGGUGCACCUCAGCCACGCUCAAGGUGCUAAACGAUAUUUUAACCGCGAUCGAUAAUAGACAGUACUGUGCAGCCGUCUUCAUCGACCUGGCCAAGGCUUUCGACUCUGUCAACCACCGCAUUCUUAUUGGCAGACUAAAUAGCCUUGGUUUCUCAAAUGACUGCCUCGCCUGGUUCACCAACUACUUCUCAGAUAGAGUUCAAUGUGUCAAAUCGGAGGGCCUGUUGUCUGGACCUAUGGCAGUCUCUAUGGGGGUGCCACAGGGUUCAAUUCUUGGGCCAACUCUUUUCUCUGUGUAUAUCAAUGAUGUCGCUCUUGCUGCUGGUGAUUCUCAGAUCCACCUCUAUGCAGACGACACCAUUUUGUAUACAUCUGGCCCUUCAUUGGACACUGUGUUAACAAACCUCCAAACGAGCUUCAAUGCCAUACAACACUCCUUCUGUAGCCUCUAACUGCUCUUAAACACAAGUAAAACUAAAUGCAUGCUCUUCAAUCGAACGCUGCUGGCACCCGCCCACCCGACUAGAAUCACUACUCUCGACGGGUCUGACCUAGAGUAUGUGGACAACUACAAAUACCUAGGUAAACUCUCCUUCCAGACUCACAUUAAGCAUCUCCAAUCCAAAGUUAAAUCUAGAAUCGGCUUCCUAUUUCGCAACAAAGCCUCCUUCACUCAUGCUGCCAAACAUGCCCUCGUAAAACUGACUAUCCUACCGAUCCUUGACUUCGGCGAUGUCAUUUACAAAAUAGCCUCCAACACUCUACUCAGCAAAUUGGAUGUAGUCUAUCACAGUGCCAUCUGUUUUGUCACCAAAGCCCCAUAUACUACCCACCACAGUGACCUGUACGCUCUUGUUGGCUGGUCCUCACUACAUAUUCGUCGCCAAACCCACUGGCUCCAGGCCAUCUAUAAAUCACUGCUAGGCAAAUCACUGCCUUAUAUUAGCUAAUUCAUCACCAUAGCAACACCCACCGGUAGUAUGCGCUCCAGCAGGUAUAUCUCAUUGGUCAUCCCCAAAGCCAACACCUCCUUUGGCCGCCAUUCCUUCCAGUUCUCUGCUGCCAAUGACUGGAACAAACUGAAAAAAUCUCUGAAGCUGGAGACUCUUAUCUCCCUCACUAACUUUAAGCAUCAGUUGUCAGAGCACCUUACCGAUCACUGCACCUGUACAUAGCCCAUCUGAAAUUAGCCCACCCAACUACCUCAUCCCCAUAUUGUUAUUUAUUUUUCUCAUUUGCACCCCAGUAUCUCUAUUUGCACAUCUAUCAUUCCAGUGUUAAUACUAAUUGUAAUUAUUUUGCACUAUGGCCUAUUUAUUGCCUUACCUCCAUAACUUGCUACAUUUGCACACACUAUAUAUAUUUUUUCUGUUGUAUUUAUGACUUUAUGUUUUGUUUUACCCCAUAUGUAACUCUGUGUUGUUGUUUUUAUCGCACUGCUUUGCUUUAUCUUGGCCAGGUCGCAGUUGUAAAUGAGAACUUGUUCUCAACUGGCUUACCUGGUUAAAUAAAGGUGAAAUAAAUCAAAUAAAUUCCCUCUAGCCCCCAAACAGUGCUCCUUCUCAAAGGGCAGUGGUUCUUUGAAAGGGAGCAGUGAGAAGGAGGGUCCUGCACAUUAUAUCCCCCUGCUGGAGGCUAAUCAGCAUGCUGACCUCAAGUGCUCUGUUCUAGAAGACAAGGUCAGUGAGUCAGUGUUUGGGGUUAAUGUGAUUUGUGAACCAUAAGAUGUUUGUUAAAAUAACUCAUGCCUUUUUGACCUGUAGUGUAGGCUAAUUUGAGUUGCUGACACCUGUAUUACAAGACCUAAGUAGUUGUAUUUUUGGCUUGUCAUCCGUCUGUCAGGAUGUGGAGAUGGUGAAUGGGAGCAGUCUGGAACCAGAAUCCCCAACAACCACUGAGCCAGAAGGAGAACAAGUUAUCUAUUCCGGUAAAAAACACAUUCAUUCUAGGAGGUGGUGGUGAAGCUAUAGACACAGAAAUAUAUUUGUUAUAAAGGGUUGAGGUUACCAUCUAACAACUAUUUAUUUUCUUUCCUCUAGCCCCUAUGUAUCCAAGCCACCUCUCUGGUACUGUUCAAAGCUCCCCAACUAAGCAGAAACCCCAGCCCAUAAAGACAGAAUCAGAGAAUGGAAUGAACACAGAAAGGGUGACUAAAGUAAUCUGCCAAACGGUCCCAAAGGCAGAGGAGCAGGAUUCAACACCACAGCCUAAAUGUAAAGAAAAGCCUACCCAAGUGGAGCCCCAGCAGGCCAGUGUCAGCACUGCAAAGGAGACAGCCUACAGCCCGUCCUCCUCAGAUGUGGCUUUGGCUCCUGUACAGGCUAAGAGAAAGUUGAAAUCUAUGGGUGCAUGGGACCUUCCCUCUGCGGUGAAGAAUAAAAAGAAGGUGGACUUCAAGCUAGACCAGAUGAAGAAGAAGAAGAAGAAGAAGAAGAAGAAGAAGAAGAAGAAGAAGGUGGAUUUCAAGCUGGACCAGACCUCCCUGGAGCACAAAUUGACGAGGGCCUGCUCGGUGCAGCUGGUGAACCUGCUUUUGGUGCCUGGAGGAAAUAACUCUGGAGGGAAGAAGAAGGCUAAUGGGAGCUACUGUCACGACAGCAAGAGGUACCCCAUGCCCAAGGACCUCAAGACCCACCAGGGCCUCCACACAGGCCGGCGCCUUUGCUGCUUCACUCAGUGUGGGAACGGGGUCUGGCGGCUUCAAAGCGUACUCUCCGCGAGCCGCUCCUACGGCUGCAAAAUCUGCGGGAAGAGGUUCAAACGCAGGAAGAUCUUGAGGAGGCAUGAGCGUUUCCACACCGGGGAGAAGCCCUACUCCUGCUACCAGUGCUCCAAGAUGUUCGCCCUGCGGAAAAGCCUCCGCAGGCAUGAGAGGUUCCACACGGGGGACAAGCCUCACAGCUGCCCCCAGUGUGGGAAGAGCUUCCGGCUCAGGGACAAUCUGAAGGCUCACCUGCGCUUUCACACCGGCGAGAGACCUUUCACCUGCUCCUUCUGCUCCAAGAGCUUCAGAAUCCUCAGGAACCUUGAGGAACACAGCAUUGAUCACUUGGGAGUGACAGCGAAAUAG